AUGCAGCUUACUGUGGACAAAACCACCCCAAAUCAAAGCCCCGUGUUGAAGCCAGUACUGAAGCCCCGCCCCCUUCCCCUUGAUCUGACCAAAAGGUUUUCGCCGGAUCCUGCUGUUUCCCUCAAUGACACUCCAGAUCACCAUGACGCCGGCAAAGCUCCCCAAAAGAGGGAUGAAGAUCCAACCAGGACACCGAGUAAUGAAAAAGCAUUUGAGGAUUUAGAUGAUGAGAUGAAAACGCCAAAGUCUGAGGGGCCUAACACGAUGCUGUUUCCGAAGGAAACUGAAGCCCUAACAGUUCGAGCAUCUGUGUUUGAGAACGUCAUAGAAAAGCACAAUGUUUUGAUGGUAGACGAAAAGAAACACGAGAAAACCACACUUGAGAACACUGAUGAAGAGGGACUAUUGGUCACUGCCACCUACAAGGAGCCGGUAUCUCCAUCGGGACCAGUUCGUGUAUUGCAUGCGGUCGACACAGUUCCAGCUGCGGAGGAGAGCACCGUGAGCAGUGAAAUCAUUCCGUCUGCGCAAAGGGAGGACAAAGCCAUGACGCUACGUUCGAGGCGCUCGGUGAGGGAAAAAUCGCCACCAGAGAAAAGAAGUUCAGAACAGACUUCAAAUGCCCCAAGAUAUCUAAGAGUGGGGGCCCUGCCAAAAUGGACACUAGAAAAUGACAUGGAUGUGGAGACAGCAAUGCCAAAAGAAAAAGAGAGUGAUUUUGUGGUGGACGACCCAUCCACUACCACUGCCAAACGGCUCAAGACACAGCAAACAGAGGAACAAGUGAAACCAAGAGCGACCUACUUUGCCUUGACUGGACAAAUGCAGGAAGCGGUCACAGCCACAUCAAAUGCAGUAGAUAAUGUGCCUUUUUCUGAUCCCUCUGCCCAGCUGACCUCCCAAGGAAAGGUUUUACCAUUUAAAAGGAAUACGUCUUUAGAUGAAGCCUUUGGGAUAAUGCCAGAAAGCACUGCAGAUACUAGUAACUUGAAUACAGAGACUCAAAGGGAGAAGCAAAAACAACUUGAAUUGAACAGACAGGCAGAGUUGGAGAGACGGAAGGAAAGGGAGAUGCAGUGUGAAUAUGAGAGACAGCGACAGAUAGCAUUUGAGAAAGAGAAACAAGAGUCUGAAGAAAAUCAACGUGCGCUUGAUAUCCAGAAACAGAUUGAGCUUGAAAGACAAAAGCAUCUUGAAUUUGAAAGGCAAAGACAACUCAAGCUCAAGCAGCAGAGGCAGCUAGAAGUGGAAAAGCGGAGACAAUCGGAACUGGAUAGACAGAAGCAAAAUGAAUUGGAGCGGCAGAAGCAGGUGGAAGUUGAAAGACAAAAGCAGGCUGAGAUUGAGAGACUAAGACAAAUAGAGUUGGAUAAGCAAAGGCAGAUUGAGAUGGAAGACCAAAUUAAACUUGAGUUUAAAAAACAGGAAAUCGAAAGGCAGAAACAACUGGAAUUGGAGAAUCAGAGGAAACAGGAGGUUGAGCGGCAAAGGCAGAUCGAGUUUGAAAGACAGUGUCAGAUUGAGAGACAGAAAGAGUUAGCGAUGGAAAAACAGAGGCUGAUCGAAGCUGAGCAACAAAAACUAAGGGCAAUCGAACGACAGAAACAAAACGAAAUGGAACUAGAGAGGCAGCGUCAAAUAGAGAAGGAGAAGCAGGAAAAACGUGAACUAGAAAAGCAGAUGGAGCUCGAAAAGCAGAAACAUAUUGAAAGGAAAUUGGAGCUGGAGAGGCAGAAAGAAAUUGAACUUGAGAAACAAAGGCUAGAUGAGCUCGAGAGACAUAAAAUGCUGGAGAUCGAAAGAGAAAAUCAGCUAGAGAAGGAAAGACAGAGGCAGUUGGAUAAGGAAAGACAUGAGAUGGAGAUGCAAAGACAGCGCGAGGAAGAGAGGCGUCAGAAAGAGCUGGACAGAGAAAGACAACUCAUGGAGAAACAGGAGAAGCAAAGGAAGCUGGCUGAAGCAGAGGAGCAGGAGAGGAGGCGCAGAGAAAGGCAACAGGUGGUGGAGCUGGAGAAGCAGAGGCUCAGAGAGAAAUUGGAAAAGGAACAGGCAGAGAAGCUCAGACUGAUGGCUCUUGAGCAGGAGGCGUUGAGGCUGAGAGAGGUCGAGAAGGAAAGACAAUUGGAGAGGGAAAGACAGCUGGAGAUGGAACGAGAUAUGCAGCGUGAACAAGAGCUCCAGUGGCAUAAGGAGUUGGAGGCACAGAGGCAAAAGCAACUGGAUAUGGAGAGGCAGGAGCUGGAGAAGCAGAGGCUCAGAGAACAAAGGAAGCUGGCUGAAGCAGAGGAGCAGGAGAGGAGGCGCAGAGAAAGGCAACAGGUGCUGGAGCUGGAGAAGCAGAGGCUCAGAGAGAAAUUGGAAAAGGAACAGGCAGAGAAGCUCAGACUGAUGGCUCUUGAGCAGGAGGCAUUGAGGCUGAGAGAGGUCGAGAAGGAAAGACAACUGGAGAGGGAAAGACAGCUGGAGAUGGAACGAGAUAUGCAGCGUGAACAAGAGCUCCAGCGGCAUACGGAGUUGGAGAGACAGAGGCAAAAGCAACUGGCUAUGGAGAGGCAGGAGAUGGAGAAGCAGAGGAUCAGACAGCAGGAGCAGGAGAGAGAGCGGCAGAUGAGAGAGGACCUAGACAGGAUGAAGGAGCUGGAGAGGAGGCAGUUACAGGAGUUUGAUAAGCAGAAACUAGCAGAAAGGCAGCAGAUCCAUGAGCUGGAGAAACGCAGAGUAAAAGAGAAGAUGGAGAGAGAGGGGGCAGAGAGGAUGAGACAGGUUUCUAAACAACAGGAGGCUGAACGGCAGCGUCUCAAAGAGAAGCAGAAGAAAGAGGAGCAGGAACGCAUCAGGCUGGAGUCUGCUGCACUCAGACCCAAAGUUGUGGAUCUAGACUCAGUUCUGAGGAAUGAGCAGUCGAGAGGCUCUUCUCGAGGUGAUCCCUCCACACGAUGGAAGGAACCAUCGCCCAAAUCCGAGAAGCCUCUCAGACCAGGCAUCCUGGGCAUUGACACAUUAGGUACGCAGAGUCAGCCAUCGCCCAACAGAGACCUGUUCCCUGUGGUUGGUAUUCAAGAGGAACACCCACGAAUACCAAUGUCCCCACAAAACACAGGGGGUUUACAAAGUCCUAAUUGGAUGACGUCUCCUCAGAAUCCAUGGGAAGUGCGCUCUAUAGAGAUGUCAGUGGACAAACCAGAAGAACCCAAAAAAUCCUUUAGCAAAACCAGCCUGGAACAGCUGCUGCAGAGGCAGGAGGUGCGCCGCCAGAGCUCUCGCAGACGCUGGUCCGGUUUAGUGGUGGACGAUCCGUUUCAAAUGGGCCAGUUCUCUGGACCCGAAAUCAAACCUGCUGCUCCUACUCCUACAGUCUCCAUCAGUGCUGCGUCUGAGCAGGUCUGGCUCUCCAGAGACGAACCUCAAGCACAAAUCAGAGCUGAAGGGCCAAGUCAGAGGAGAACCCAGGGCUCAACGGAGCUGAACAGGAUCCGAUCCCGCAGCAUGUCAAGGCACUCUACCCCUUCAAGCAGCGCUGUGGAGAACAGUCUGUCCAGGAUAAGGAGCCGCAGUGCCCACAGAGACGAGGCCCAAGACAGCCUGUAUUUGGGGGACAAGAUUACAGUGGCCCAGUCCCAGAUGACGGGAUGGGUUGGAAAUGUGCGUCGAUCGUUCCAUGGGGCACUGGGUUUUUUGCGAUCGGGCCAAGGAGAAGAUGGGACCGGUGACUUUAAAAGAACCAACUCUUUACGGUCCCUGGCCUCACGCAGCAGGGAUUCGAUUCGAAGGUUUUCACUACGCAGCCAACAACGACUCUCCCUACGGAGACGGACAGCUCCCAACACUCCCAUUGCUGUUCAACAAAAACAAAAUACAAGCACAGAAGAUGAGUCAAAGGAUUCAGAAACUCCAGUCCAUGAAACAGACAGUCAGUAUGGGACCUGGGAGACCGGGCUGCACUCCGAAGACAGUCUCACACCGGCCACUCCGAGCUCUAACCUCAGUCCUUCACCCACCAAACCUCACGUGGAGACCGACGCUGCUGACCAACUUGCCUCCUCUGACCUGCUGCCUUUCCCUGAUGUUCCAGUCACUUUGUUGAACACCUCUGCCCAGCGCUCCAGGGCUCAACUGGGAAAGAAACGUGCACCCCCGACUCGACCUUCCAGAGCUGCCAGACUCACUCAGCCUGACGCAGCAGUCUCUGAAGACUUGAUCUUCCAAGACUCCACAGAGGAAAAGCCUGAAAUAAAAGAGGAGGACUCAGACUCUGAGGAGCAGCCCAAAGGAUCUGACGCUGGUCCCACUGCAGCCUCUUCUCAGCCGCAGAGGGUCGCCCUAUUUCCUGGAAUGGACCAGUCUGCUUUAAUGGCCCAGCUAAAGAAAAGGGGAGACUCUGACAAUCAGACCGAUGGCUCUGCUCCUGUUCCAUCCCAGCUGUCCCGCUCUCCCAAGUCUCCUUUCCUUCCUCGGGCUUCUCGUGUACUGCCCCCUCCUGGUGGAAAAGAAAACAAUGAGGAGGAUUCGCCCCAGUGGCUGAAAGAGCUGAAGUCCAAGAAACGGUUGAGCCAAUAUGAAAGCGAAAGCUAA